AUGUACAAGAGCACAUUAAAUAAUGAUGGAAUAUCUAAACAUAUAUUGGAUUCUCUUCAAAAAAUUAGUGAUUCUAUUCAUUUGAAUGCGCACAAAGUUCAAGAUACUUUUGCAAAAUCUCAUGAAAUGGAUUUUUAUCUAAAGAGCUUUUUGGAAUCAUUGAGAAAUUUGAACAUAAAAGCUGGUGACGAGAUUUUGAAAAAUCCAUUGUAUUCCAUGGAAUUUUUAGAAAUAUUUUCAAAUAAAGUCUCUAUCUAUGUCCCAAUGUCUCAAGCUUUAGAAAUCAUCACAAUAUUUUCAUCUGAAUUAAGCAAUUAUUUAUCAUCAAAUCUUUAUUUUACUAAAGAUGCUCAAACAAAGAAAAGAAAAAUUUUAGUAGACAAUUUAUAUUGGAAAAAUACAUCAUCCAACAAUAAACAUCAAUUUAUUACAAAUUUACAAAAACUUACAAUGCUCGAGGAUCCAAAACUUAUAUUAUUUGUGAAUAAAGUUUGUCUUCAACAUGUUCAUCAAACAUUAUUAUCAUCGUUAACAGAAAGCAAUGAUGAAGAUGAAGAAGAUAAAUCAACAAAUAUUAAUUCAUCAAUACAAGAUAUUUUGAAAUCUGUUGUUUCUACUUUAUCUCUCCCAACAAUAACAUCGUCACCAUUAUCAUGGAACGGUAGCUUGGUUGAUUUGACAGUAGAAACUUUUCCAAUUGCAAAUUUCAUGAUAAUUAUUAGAGAUUGGUUAGAUGUUGUGAUUAAUAAUUGUCAGUAUGAAUCUGUUGAAGUUAUUAUGAAAUUUAUUAUUCAAAGUUUUAUAAUGUAUUCACCAUCACCAUCAUUGUCACUAUCAUCACAAAAUCAAAUGACAAUUGGAAAUUUGUGUUUUCAGCUUCUAAGAUCUGCUGAAUUUUAUGAAUUAGUUCCAUUGCGAGAAAAGUUUCUAAAAAUUUUUAUGGGAGAAAUUUCAAAAACUCUAAAAGAUUAUCAAGACAACAACAAGAGUAUUAGCAACAAAAAGAAGAGAAAGAAAACAACUAAUUCUAUAAAAAAUAUUACAGAAUUAAAUUAUGCAAUUCAAAUAUCAUUAAAUUUUUUGAUUGAUAAAUGGAUCACCACCACAACCACUGCCAAUAUUAGCAGUGAUUACAAUCAGUUGAAAUGUUCUUUGCUAUGUAGAAAUCUUUUAUUAAAAUUUAUAAGAUGGAAUAGUGAAAUUUCUAAUAGUAAUCUUGUAGAAAAAAAUGAAAUAUUUUAUGAAAAAUUAGUAGAAACUACAAGCCAAAUUUUAUCAAUUACAGUAAAGCAUCUUAUUCUUAAAAGUAAUCAGGAAUCAAGUUUAAAACAUAUAAAAAAACUUGUAGAAUUCUUGAAAAGUUGGUCAUCUAAUGUAAUAAUAAUGGGCGAUAAUACAAUGAAAAAUAAUAGUAGUGGUACUACAAUUUGGAAAAUCAUUACUGGGAUUUUAAAAAUUCAACUAGAAAACAUUGAAAUAUUCAAUGAAGUUGAAACAUUGAAUUGUUUUUAUUCGUUGGCUAAUCAUGUGUCUAGUAAAUUGGCACAAAUAAUUACGCACUAUUUAAAAAAUAUUUUUGAUGGUAAACUUGAUGACAACACAAAAAAAGAUUUAAAAAGUCAAGAAAAACUCAUAAUAAAAAACUUUACAAGUUUAGAUUACGAGUUCAAGGCAUAUUCAAUAGCCUUGCAAACUUUAAACAUGUCUAAAAAUCAUGGAUUUAGAAUAGAAGACCAAGUUAUUUCAUUAGUUAGGCUGUCGAAAGAAUUGUUUGUUGUUACUAAACAAUUAAUACAAUUCUCAACUUCUAUUAAUAAUAAUCAUAGCAUUAUUAUAAAUUAUGAAAUCUUAAAUAAUUGUGUAUUAAUGACAUCAAUUCUAAUGGAAUUUAUCUCGAAUUUUGAAAUGCUUCAAAAUAAUUUAAUAAUUGAUUUUUGGAUUUGGGAUUUAAUGAGUAUUUUAUACAAUGAAGAUUCCCAAAGUGAUAUUUUAAAUGAGAUGAAUAUAAUGUAUGGAAAAUAUAUUUCAAGAUUAUCAGAAGUACAAUACGGAAAACUUGUGAAUGCAAUUAUGAUAAAAGUUGAAGACCUACCACCAACACAUUCCUCAUCUUCGUCUCUUUCUUUCCAAGAAUAUAACAAUAAUAGAAAGUUAAAAUUCUUUUUACACUUGAUUGGCCUACUAUUAAAAAAUUCAAAGCAUGUUUGUUAUUUAGAAGAGUCUUGUGAAAAUUUAAAAGCUAGAAUACUUAUUUUGAAAAUUUAUAGUUUCAUUGUUUCACAUAAGGCAUUCACAUUCCAAUCAAAUGAUAUUGGAAUUAUUUUAUCAUCAAUUAUAUCAAUAACUUCACCUAAACCUAUCGUCACCACCCAUGCUACUGAUGAACAACAACAAGAAGAUUAUGAAAAUCUUUUUAAAUCAAUUUGUUAUCUUCUUCAUGAUAUACUAGCAUAUAGACGAGAAAUAUUAAUAUCUGCAUUACCAUCAUUUAUUCAAAUACUACAAGAUAUGUUUCAUGGUUUUAAAUCAAAAGGAAAAAAUAUUAAUAGUCAUUCAUUUUCUUAUAACAAAAAAUUACAACAACAAACUAAUUUGAAGAAUUUUUGGGAUAUUAAUCUUUCAACAUCAUUAUCAAUAGAAUGUGGAGAUUCAUUUGCAAGAUUAUUAGAAAUGGUUAAGCAUAAAAAUUUUUUUAAUAAAUAUCGCAAUAACAAUAAUAAAAACAACAAAGAGUCAUCAUCAAAAUUUUCACAGGCUUUUGGUAAAUAUGUGCCAACGUUAAUUAGUAAAUAUAUAAAAAUACAAAUUGAAGAAGGUUAUUUGGAUCAAUCGACCAGAGAAGCAUUAAAAGCAGGAAUCUAUUCAUUGUUAGAUUUGUUUGGUGAUUAUGAAAGAAACAUGUUAAUGGCAAAUUUAGAUAAAAUUGGAAAAAUUUUAUUUAAAAAUCUUUGGACUGAUUAUAUUAAAAAUUGGAAAUAUGUUGGUAGAGGAUAG